GGGGCAUAGGAUGACGGGCGAGGGUCAUGGGGUGUGAGUGAUCCUGAGCUCUCGAACCCCCGAGACCUGCGGCUUCCCCUUGCCCCGCGGCCGGGAGCAGCGCUCCGGGCCCCUCGCUCGCCAGCCCGCCCACCGUCCAGCGGCGGCGCGGCCCAUGCGGCUGGGGGUGGAGGCCGGAUCCGGCGCGGGCUGGGCGUCUCAGGGGCGACCGGCGGCCCGGCGAGGUGAGGGGGCGGCGGCGGGGCCCGGCCCAGCCCGGUGAUUGGCCGCCGACUGAGGGCCGCCGGGCGGCCGGAGGCGGCGGGGCGGGUAAGAACCGGCGGAGCCUUCCGCGUGCGGAGCCGGGAAGAUGCUGCUGUCCCUGGUGCUCCACAUGUACUCGAUGUGCUGCGUGCUGCCGGCCGCCGUGCUCCUGGGCACGGCUCCCACCUACGUGCUGGCCUGGGGGGCCUGGCGGCUGCUCUCCGCCUUCCUGCCCUCGCGCUUCUACCAGGCGGUGGACGACCGGCUCUACUGCAUCUAUCAGAGCAUGGUGCUCUUCUUCUUCGAGAACUACACCGGCGUGCAGAUAUUGCUAUAUGGAGAUUUGCCAAAAAACAAAGAAAAUAUAAUAUAUUUAGCAAAUCAUCAAAGCACAGUUGACUGGAUCGUUGCUGAUAUUUUGGCCAUCAGGCAGAACGCUCUCGGACACGUGCGCUAUGUGCUGAAAGAUGGGCUCAAAUGGCUUCCACUGUAUGGGUGUUAUUUUUCUCAGCAUGGAGGGAUCUAUGUAAAGAGAAGUGCCAAAUUCAAUGAAAAGGAAAUGAGAAAAAAGCUGCAGAGCUACAUCAAUGCAGGAACUCCAAUGUAUCUUGUGAUUUUUCCAGAGGGAACAAGGUAUAAUCCAGAACUAACAAAAGUCAUUUCAGCUAGUCAAACAUUUGCUGCUCAAGAAGGCCUUCCAGUAUUAAAACAUGUGCUGACACCAAGAAUAAAGGCAACUCAUGUUGCUUUUGAGUCUAUGAAGAAUUACUUAGAUGCAAUUUAUGACGUUACAGUGGCUUUUGAGGGGACUGUGGAUGAUAAAGGGCAGCGGAAAGAAGCGCCGUCCAUGGCUGAAUUUCUCUGCAAAGAAUGUCCAAAAAUUCAUAUUCACAUCGAUCGUAUAGACAAAAAAGAUGUCCCAGAAGAACAAGUAUACAUGAAAAGAUGGCUUCAUGAACGUUUUGAAAUAAAAGAUAAGUGAGUAAUGACAGUCCUAGCCCUUCAGAAACAGUGGCUCAGCACAGUCACUAUAGUAAACAUCGUGAGAAGAAUGUAAACAGUUUUAUUAUCUUAAGAAUGCCUUUUAUAAACUCAAGUCAGAUGUCAUUCCAUGCCUCGUCUGUCCAUGUUUUAAACUUGACUGUUACAAGUCACUGUGAAAGAUCUUGUUAUGGGGGCUGUCCUUUGUUAUUUACUGCAUUUCAAUAAUUUGUGUAUAAGGAUAUAAAAUUUUUUAAAGAAGAGAGAGACACACAGAAAGCUUUGCACUGUUGAGAUACCUCAGGCCCGCCCUCCCGGGUCCAGGGGAGUGUGUGCGCGCUGAGGGCAGGCCGUCAGGCUGGCCGUGUGUAGAGAAUCGGGCUGUGGGGUGGAGGUCGGUGUCUCACGUGUAUGUGGAACUGACGCCGGUGUAUUUGUUGGAAGAAGAAGGGGCCGUUGACAUUUUCACGAAAAAGGUAUCCUUUUGCUAUUAGUAUUUUGGGGCCUAAACCGUUUCUGGGGUUGGCCUUGUGUUUCUCCCAUCAAUAACACGACUUGGGAGCUAGUGCAGUGUUGGCCCCUGGCUGAGAGUUGCUGUGAGUUAAGUUCCAGGCGGGGCCUCUGGAUGCCUCUGGGGAAGGCGGAGCUCGAGGUCAGAUGAGGGUGAGCCUGUUAGUCUCCCUGUGAUUUACACAGAUUUCUAAAGGUAGAAAUUUUAGAAUUUUCUUCUCUUUUCAGGAAGACAAAAACUGGGUUCUUAGGUUUAGAUAUAAUACUUAGAAAUUGAAUUUCCGUGGACGAAAAUUUCACGAUAUAUUAUUUAUUUACUAUUCGUUUUGUUUUCAGUGGAAAUUUUAUCCUUUUUGUUUUUUGAAAGAUGUGUUUUAAAUAUCUAUACUUUUUUUCCUCUUUCUGAAAAAAAAUGGAUCUGUGAGUUAUAGUAUGCACCAUUUAAAUUUAUUAAGACCACAUUGAAAAGUAUGGUUUUUUAAAGGCUUUAGAAAAUACUUCCAGGGCUUCCCUGGUGGCACAGUGGUUAAGAAUCCGCCUGUUAAUGGAGGGGACACGGGUUCGAGCCCUGUUCUGAGAAGAUCUCACAUGCCACGGAGCAACUAAGCCUGUGCACCAUAACUACUGAGCCUGUGCUCUAGAUCCCGUGAGCCACAACUACUGAAGCCCAUGCGCCUAGAGCCCGUUCUCCACAACAAGAGAAGCCACCGCAAUGAGAAGCCCGCGCACCGCAACGAAGAGUAGCCCCCGCUCGCCGCAACUAGAGAAAGCCCGCGCGCAGCUACAAAGACCCAAUGCAGCCGCAAGAAAAAAAUACUUCCAAAAUUCUGUUUAUGUUCAGAAAUUUUACCUGUGUUUUAGUCUCCGAAAGUGCUUCUUCUCAGGAAAUUGCCAUUGUUUCUCCUCUCCUUGUUGUAUGGCAGUAAAAUAUUUCCUAAUUAACCCUCCUAGAUUAACUUUAACAAGUGAAAGCUAUUAAAAAUGUACUAUGUUGAAAAUGAAACUAUAUGAAGUUUAUAAACAAAUUUCUGUAUUUCAUUGACUCUCAAUUGUGCAUGACAAUGUGUUAAACCAAUUAUUCAGCGCCACCCACUUUGGAUAUGGAAGAAAUUUUAAAAGUAAGAUUUAUGUGUUUUGACAUGAAAAUCUGUUAUCAGAAAAAAACCCUGAACAGUAUGAUUAAUAUCCUAUGUAUUUUGUGUUAUAGGUGUUUAUAUGUAUAUUUAGAAUGAGUCUGGACGUUUUAAAACAGUGAUUUUCUCUAGGGAAUGUGAGUUGUAAGGCAACAGAAAGACUUUCCCUUGUUGUACUUUGUGUUUCAGAUUUUUAUGUUGAGUAUAUUCUGCUAUUACAACUUUACAUUUUUAAAAUAAGGAAACUGCAUUAAUAACUAUGCGCUGUUUCCUUCUUUUACCUGCUUUUGUAAUUCCACGCGAAUAGGGGCGUUGGGGGGUAACUCUCCAUUUAUAAGAGCUGCUGAUCUUUUCUCUGACUUCUGGUAGAACAGGAGCUGCGAGGAGGAGGAGUGUUUGGAGGGGUAAAGACUGGGGAAGGCAGAGAAAAAGCCCACGUGCGUGUCAGGUCCCUGUAAAGUUUUAAAGAUCUAAAGUUUAAAAAACAAAAACAUCCCCAUAAAAUUACUUGAAACCAUCUGAUUUUACAUAUUACAUAUAAUUCGUAUACAUUAAUCAUAGAGCAUAUUAAAGAUAUUUUUAAUAUCUAGAAACUCCAAUUAAACCAACUCUCUGGGUGUUUCCCAUAAGGACCUAUAACUUCUCCAGCAUAUAAUAGGCAGCCAAUAAAUAUUUGUUGAAUUAAAAUAUUGAAAUGGCUAAACCUGAAAGUUAACACUUUUUUUUUCAUUCUGGCCAUAGAUUGCUUAUAGAAUUCUAUGAUUCACUGGAUCCAGAAAGAAGAAACAAAUUUCCCGGAGAAAGUGUUAAUUCUAAACUAAGUCUCAAGAAGACCUUACCAUCAUUCUUGAUCUUAAGUGGU